AUGCAAUCCGCCGUGACGCAACCCCAUCACUCCUCCACCCACCACAGUGCGGGCCUCCACCAUCUGCAACAGCAGCACCAGCAGUCGCAGCAGCAACAACAACAACAGCAGCAACAACAGCAACAAUCACAUCACCAGCAUUCGCAGCACACCAAUGCCGCCAGUAUACAGAAUAUAAUCCAUCCUUCACAGCAUGCGUCUUCACAGGGUUCUGCCGAAGGCCAGGCCGCCGCUCAGCAGGCCACCCGGGCGGAGUCCCGCACCACCAAAGGGAAAUACUCCCUGGAAGAUUUCGCCAUCCAGCGUACACUAGGUACGGGCAGUUUUGGUCGCGUGCACCUGGUGCAAUCAAAACAUAACCACCGGUUUUAUGCGAUCAAGGUGUUGAAGAAGGCGCAGGUGGUCAAGAUGAAGCAGGUCGAGCACACAAACGAUGAGCGGCGGAUGCUCAAUCGCGUCCGGCAUCCGUUCUUGAUCACCUUGUGGGGUACCUGGCAGGACUCCAAGAAUCUCUACAUGGUGAUGGACUUUGUGGAGGGGGGUGAAUUGUUCAGUCUGCUGCGCAAAUCCCAGCGGUUCCCCAACCCGGUCGCCAAAUUCUAUGCCGCCGAAGUCACUCUGGCGUUGGAGUACCUCCACUCCCAGCAAAUUAUCUAUCGCGAUCUGAAACCGGAGAAUCUGCUCCUCGACCGACAUGGCCACCUGAAGAUCACCGACUUUGGCUUUGCGAAGGAGGUGCCCGACAUUACCUGGACUCUGUGCGGAACGCCUGAUUAUCUCGCCCCGGAAGUGGUGUCGUCUAAAGGAUAUAAUAAAUCAGUCGAUUGGUGGUCACUGGGUAUCUUGAUUUUCGAGAUGCUGUGCGGUUUCACGCCCUUUUGGGAUAGUGGCUCGCCGGUCAAGAUCUACGAGAACAUUCUCCGAGGUCGCGUCAAAUAUCCGCCAUACCUUCAUCCAGAUGCCGUGGACCUUCUCUCGCAGCUGAUCACCGCAGACCUGACCAAGCGACUGGGUAAUCUGCAUGGUGGAUCCGAGGAUGUCAAGAACCAUCCUUGGUUCGCUGAGGUGACCUGGGAUCGUCUGGCAAGAAAGGACAUCGAUGCCCCCUAUGUGCCCCCCAUUCGCGGUGGCCAGGGUGAUGCCAGCCAGUACGAUCGCUAUCCCGAGGAAACCGAACAAUACGGCCAGGAGGGUGAAGACCAACACGGUCAUAUGUUCCCCGACUUUUAA